AUGAGGCCUGUGUCUCCUGCAAGUAGCACAUCCCCCCUGGGGCUGCUGAACCGGGGCCCAGAGUAUCUCCGCAGGCAGAUGGAGGUGGGGAGCGGGGGCCGCACCCCGAGUGCCGUGGAGAGGCUGGAAGCCGACAAAGCCAAGUACGUCAAAACCCAGCAAGUGAUCAACAGCCGGCAGGAGCCGGUGCUGCGUAGCUGCCCCCCGUGGCCUUCCCCUCGCAGCAGGAGGCGCCUGACUCUCCACCAGUGUCACGAGAUCUGUCAGAGCUCAGAGCUGGGCCGAGACAGCCCCAAGCAGAACGGCCCCAGGAAGCUGCUGCCUUCCCCCCAGUCCCCCGUGGCGCGCAGGGGCAGCAGCAAACGCCUGCUGAGGCCCGACUCGCUCAUCAUCUACCGGCAGAAACGGGACUGCACGGCCAUCAACAAGGAGAAUGCCAAGGGCUCCGGCCUGGUCAGGCGGCUCUUCCAGGGGCCUCUGAGAGACAAACUCCCCAGCUCCCCCUCCUCCAGGGGCCUGGGCGACGGGCGGCAGGGGCCGGAGAGAGACGAGACCCCCAUGGUGUGGGUGCCGGUGGAGAAGGAGGCUGCUAGAACGCAGAGCCCAGGGGGCGGCAUCUUCAGCCCGAACGCGAGCCCUGUGGCGCAGCCUCCACACAGCAGCCAGUCGGGGCCAGGCCCGAAGGAGGCCAAGAGGGAGCUGGCCCGAGGCUGCUCCCUGCCCCUCUCGGAGAAGGAGAGGUUUUUCAACUACUGCGGCUUGGACCAGGACCUGGUGGAGGUGCUGGGCAGGGAGAGGUUCGGGCCUGCUGGCUGGGACGCGGCCUCCUCCUUGCUCCUGGGGAGCGCGGGCUCGGCCGGCUCGGAGCGCAGCGGGCCGGCCCACUCCAGCAGCUGCGAAGCGGAGCCUGACGCGGAGGAGCCGGGCGCACAGCGCUGCUCGACCGUCUCCAUUAUCGAGCGCAACGCCCGGGUGAUCAAGUGGCUCUACGGCUGCCAGAGAGCCUGGACGAUGGCCAGGGAGUCCACGGUCUGA